AUGAGAACUUCUACUGGAGCGGCAGCAUCCCUCCCAGCCACCACGGCUUCUGCAUCUGUGUCCACCGCGGCGGCUGCAUCUCUGCCAGGCACUGUGGCACCUGAUUCUCCCUCCGCAGCGGCGCCUGAAGGUGACCCAGGCACUCUGGCACCCGCGGUUUUGUCUCCAGUGGCAUCUACAGCAGAGCUUCCUGGGGCAUCAACAACACUCCCUAGCGUGGCCGACACCCCGCUCUCUCCAUCAGCGGCAGAUGCCGCUGAAGAUGCAGCAACCAUCGACCUGACUGUGUCCGUCGUCCCAGAUGCUGGAACGGUGGCGACUGAAGUGGUCCAGGUCUUGGUGAAACGCCAGGCGCCUGCUGGCUGCCUCCUCUACCGCUAUGGGACCUUCGAAACUAACCUGGACAUUGUCCAGGGCAUCGAAGGUGUUGAAAUUGUGGAGGUGGUUCCUUUGGUGUCAGCCGUUGCUGAGAACACGGUAGAUCUCACAGUGACGUGCCAAGGAAGCCUCCCUGAGCAAGUCUGCACAACCAUCUCGGACCCCGACUGCUUGACAGCCCAGGAGACUGUGUGCAUCCCGGCCCAGCCCAGCCCUGACUGCCAGCUGGUUCUGCGCCAGGCCUUCAACCAGUCUGGCAUCUACUGCGUCAACAUCUCCCUGGCUGAUGCCAACAGCCUGGCUGUGGCCAGCACCCAAGUCAGCAUCCAGGCCGCAAGAACUUCAGGCUCAGCCCAAAUUGCACUAGUUGUUGGAGUGGUGCUGGUCGCUGCUGCCUUAGGGGCUGUUGCCUAUACCUACAGGCAUAUGAAAUACACACCCCUCCGUGCUGCGACAUCAGCCAGCACCUCUCCCAGCAGCUGGUUACCUGACCGUACCACUGUACGCCUCUUCCUACGCCAGGCUUUUGGGCAGGGGGCCAGUGGGGAAAGCAGCCCACUGCUGAGUGGCAACGUGAUCUAAAGAUGGAGACGAAGGCCAAGGAAGCCAACGGAAGCCUUGCUAACUACUGAACCAGAUGCCUUGUGGAGCCAGCCCUGCAAAAGGAGAUAGUGUCCUCCUCUGCAGUUCUUCCACCCUAAACUGACCCCGCCCAGCAUUCUUGUUCUUUUUUUAAAAUUACCCGCCAAGUAAACACUCAGACUCCUUGAUGGUGCCAUCUCAGUGCCUGCCUGGGUGGGAGGGAAGACACAAGACCCUGCAGAGGUGCUAAAUCGCUUGCUUUCCUAGACCUUCUCCACAUCCUGAUCUGCCCCUCCAGCACCUGCCCCAAGCACCAGCUGCCCCUAAUCUCUACCAAUAUGCCGGCUGUGAAGCCACUCUUGAAUGAGGUAUAGGGCUGGGUGACAUAUCAUCCAAAACUGGUUUCAAGUCCAUAUUGUGAUACUAGUUACAUAAUUUUUAACCUGGCAAGAUAUAUUGUGAGUCAUGGUAUGUGUGUGUGCUGUGCAAAAAACGCAAUGUGGGGAAAAACCCAUGAAAUCAUACCCUUAUUUCACCCUUAUUUCAGACAUUGUGAUAUACCAGUAUAUUGCAAUGUUGAAAACCAGAUAUCGCUCUCUCUCUCUCACUCACCUUUCCCUGUAUCUACACAGCAAACUAAUGUAUCAAAGAAGAUUUAAAAUAGC